AUGAAUGCAGCUGCCUCCUUAAGAUGUGCCUCUAUAGGCCCUGAUCCACUGUGGAGGUGCCUCAUAGAGCAUGACCCAAAGUAUGAAGGGAAGAAGAAACUCAAGAUUUCAGGCAGAGAGCUGAUGUUGGUCCCCACACAGCUCUUCGGCAUGGACCAACUGCAAGUGCUGGAUAUGAGUCCUGAACGGGAGAGCUGCCUGAGGUACCGCAUGGAGCUGCUGCCCUGUGAGAUCAGCCGCCUGAGGAACCUAACCCUCCUUUACAUGGACUCCAACAACUUGAAGAAAAUCCCUGCUGAAAUUGGCACACUGACUCACUUGGAGAGGCUCACUCUCAGCAAUAACAGCCUGACCUCCCUGCCCCUAGAAAUGGGGGCGUUGCAAAGGCUGCACAGCCUCCACUUGGCCAACAACAGUCUCACUGAGCUGCCUGCUUCAGUCUGUCAUCUGAGGAGCCUCACCUUUCUGGAUCUCAGUGACAACAAAAUAGACACAAUCCCCUCCGAUAUUCGGCAUCUAGAGAAACUGGAAACGUUGCUAUUGCUGUUCAACUCGCUGGAAAAACUGCCGGAGRAUGUCUGCAUGUUAAGGAAUCUGCACACACUUUGGCUGGGAAACAACCAUCUCCGGUCUCUGCCAGCAAAUUUUGGUGACCUGGUGAACCUGGACUGGGCGUACAAUUACUGCUCGUGCAACUUUGAGGGCAAUCCACUAGAAAAUCCUCCCCCUGAAGUCUGCUGCGGAGGCCCUGAAGAGAUCAGAGACUAUUUUUCAUCGUUUCAUGAUGCACAGAAAGAAUAG